GUGGCGGCCCCCGCUCCGCGCCGCCGUGCAACCCCCCCCGCCCCGCCGUGCCCGCCCCUGCGGGCAACCCGCGCCGCUGCCGGGCGUGAGCGCAGCGGCGGGCGCCGGGGAGGGGGGGGGGGAGGGAAGGGCCAUGUCCGCUCCUGCUGGGCGACGUCCGUGCCGGGUUUUGCACCUUGUCCCCGGGUCUGCCUCACGGCCUGGAGGAGCUGCCGCCGCCGCCGCUGCCGCCGCCGCCGCUGGUGCUGCUGCUGCGGUGUUUACUGAGCGCUCCUGUCCUGAUAUCACUCCGCUGGCAUGGAGGAGGAGGAGGUGGAGGAGGAGAGCAUUUGAUCAUUGUGAUGGUGGCAGGAGGAGCAGCAGCAAGCAAAGCAGAGCAAAGCGUCAGGCUGUUAUCAGCUCGGCGUUUUGCAAAGACUUCAGAGCUCUACUUUUUUUUUUUCCAGCUCGGCCCGGAUUGUUCAUGUGUUUACUUCCCCCAGCCCGAGGAUUUGCUAUUUAGGUUCCUGUUGAAAUGCAACCGAGCAGCCAAAGUACUUUGCGAACACGGUGCGGCAUAAACACCAAAACUUUUUUCUAGAAGGAAAAUACAAUAAGAAAGCGGCUUUGCCUGUCUUUUGAUGCCGGGGAGUGCGAGUGAGUGUGCCGCGUGUGCCCAGCGUGUGCUUGUGCUUGGAUGUGUGUGUGCGAACGUGCGUGUGAGCGGGGGGGGGUGUGUAUGUGUGUGCAUGUGGAGGGGCGCGCGUGUUUCUCUUUAUACAUGGGGAGAGAAGGCUUUUGGCAAAACCUCCGGAAAUCUCACGGAAUCUAUUUUGAAAUAAUGGAUUAUAAAAAAGAAAAAGGAGGAAAGGAACUGGUCUGAUAUCUCCUGGAGUUUGCUACCCGAAUUGCUGCUGCUUAGUUUGUUGUGCUUUUUUUUUUUUUUUUUCCGUGUGUGCGUGUGUGUGUUGGUUGUGUUGCUGGUGAUAACCUUUUAGCACCUUCUCUCUUUAUUUCCCUCCCCCCCCCCCCCCCCCCUUUAAUGUUUUGGAGCUUCUCGAGAGGGAUUGGCUGGGGGGAAAGAGAAACAUUUGCUUGGGAUCGCUGUUUCCCUGAUACAUGGUGGUGCCCCCUCCCCCCCCCCCCCCCCCCCGGUUCUCUAAAAAGUAUCCCAUCAGGACCCCGGAGGAGACUGUGUGUGUGUGAAGGGUAGGAUAAAAAGUUCUUCCAAAAUAGUGUGCGCGGGGAAGAGGAUGGGGGAUUUUGCAGCCCCCGCUGCCGCCGCGAAUGGCAGCAGUAUCUGCAUCAACAAUAACCUGAACAGCAGCCUCAGCGGGGCCGGCGGUGCCGGUAUCGGGGUUAACAGCACUCCCCACGGUCCUCCUGCCGCCGCCGCCGGUAACAAUAACGCUAAUAGCGGCGGCAUUCCCAAGCACAGCACGGUGGUGGAGCGGCUGAGGCAGCGCAUCGAGGGCUGCCGGCGGCACCAUGUCAACUGCGAGAGCAGGUACCAGCAAGCCCAGGCGGAGCAGCUGGAGCUGGAGCGCAGGGACACCGUGAGCCUCUACCAGCGGACCCUGGAGCAGAGGGCCAAGAAGACGGGCACCGGCGGCGGCAGCAAGCAGCAGCAGCAGCAGCAGAGCAAACAGCAGCAAGAUGCCGAGCCUGCCACGGCGGAGCAGAGGAACCACACGCUGAUCAUGCUUCAAGAGACAGUCAAAAGGAAGUUGGAAGGCGCACGUUCACCUCUCAAUGGAGAACAACAGAAUGGAGUUUGUGAUGGCAACUUUUCUCCAACCAGCAAGCGGAUACGGAAGGAUGUACCAGGCAUCGAAGCAAUCAACAGCUUGCCCAAUAAUUUGCCUUUGCCCACUGUUUCUCCCCUUCACCAGCUUGACAUGAAAGCUCCCCUGCCCCUGCAGAACAGUGGAACUCAUGGUAGUGGUCUAGAAGACUUGGGUAAAAACGGUGGGCUUUCCGAGAUAAAGCUCCCUGUUAAUGGUUGUAACGAGUUAGAUGAUAGUUUUAACAUCCUGCAGAACAAGGAGCUAAAGCAAGAGCCUUUGGAUGACCCCAGCUGUAUAGACACUUCUGAAACAUCUCUUUCAAAUCAGAAUAAGCUCUUCUCAGACAUAAACCUGAACGAUCAAGAGUGGCAGGAGCUAAUAGACGAACUAGCGAACACUGUUCCAGAAGAUGAUAUACAAGAUUUGUUCAACGAAGACUUUGAAGAGAAGAAGGAGCCGGAAUUUCCCAGGCCUGCCACAGAAACUCAAGAGAGCGCGAGCGUGAAAAGCGAUCCAUCUCAUUCUCCAUUUGCUCAUGUCCCGUUAGGUUCUCCCCAGGUGAGGCCUUCUUCUUCCGGUCCUCCAUUUUCGAACGUCUCCACAGCCUCUAGCAUAGCUUCUGUGUCCAGCGCCCCGCCAGCCCCCAUCCCUGCCGGCUCACCGGCGAACUGUGUUGUUCAGUCACCUCAAACUCCCAGCCAGGCCCACACUCCAGGCCAGACGCAGGCGCGGUCUGGAAAUGGCUAUCUUAUGAAUCCAGCAGCGGCAACUGUGGCAGGAUCAGGGCCUGGGCCCGUGAAUAUGCCGAGUGCUGACUUGUCUCCAGCCGAACAGCUCAAGCAAAUGGCAGCCCAGCAGCAGCAAAGAGCUAAGCUCAUGCAGCAGAAGCAGCAGCAGCAUCCAAAUCAACCCUCAAGCUGGUCACCUGUGGGCCCUCCAUCUAGUCCAUAUGGAGGACCCUUCAGUGCAGACAAACCAAAUAGUCCAAUGAUGUAUCCCCAAGCCUUUAACAACCAAAACCCAAUAGUGCCUCCUAUGGCAAACAAUCCACAGAAGACCACAAUUAAUAACUACCUCCCUCAAAAUCACAUGAAUAUGAUCAGUCAGCAGCCAAAUAACCUGGGCACAAACUCCUUAAGCAAACAGCCCAACAUGCUUUCUUACGGCAACACCAAACCUCUGACCCACUUCAAUGCCGAGCUGAGUCAGAGGAUGACCCCGCCAAUGGCAAAUCCUAGCAAGAACCCCAUGAUGCCGUACAUCCAGCAGCAGCAGUCCCAGCAGCCGCAGAUGCAAGCUCAGAUGGCGCACCUGAGCGAGGAACAGAAACGCAUGCUCAUCAUGAAGCAGAAAGGAAUGAUGAAUCAGGCCAUGGCAUAUGCAACACUUCCUUCCCUUGGUCAGGAGCAGCAUCAAGUGGGAUUGUCUCGGACCACAGGGCCUAUGCAGCCUUCUGUCCCACCGGGCUCCAGCAGCGUGGUCACAGGCACGAGCUCUGGGGGUCCCUUCCUGGGAAACCAACCUCAAGCGGCCAUCAUGAAGCAGAUGCUGAUUGAGCAGAGAGCCCAGCUCCACGUGAUAGAGCAGCAGAAACAACAGUUCCUAAGAGAGCAAAGGCAGCAGCAGCAGCAGCAGAUCCUGGCAGAGCAGCAGUUGCAGCAGCAGUCACAUUUGCCUCGGCAGCAUCUGCAGCAACAGCGGAGCCCGUACCCAGUGCAACAGGUCAAUCAGUUCCAAGGUUCUCCCCAGGAUAUAGCAGCUGUGAGAAACCAAGCAGCACUCCAGAGCAUGAGGACAUCCCGAAUGAUGGCCCAGAACGCGAGCAUGAUGGCAAUGGGUCCCUCCCAGAACCCGAGCACACUGCCCACGACCGCAGGCCAGUCAGACAUGGGCAUGGCUCCUUACAGCAACGCCUCUUCCAGCCAGCCGGGAAUGUACAGUAUGAGCACAGGGAUGAGCCAAAUGUUGCAGCACCCAAACCAAAGUGGCAUGAACAUGGCACAUAACGCAGGCCAGGGAACGAGGCAGCCUGCCUCUGGACAAGCGGUGGGAAUGGUCGGCACUUUUGGUCAGAACAUGCUGGUAAAUUCUGCUCUUCCCCAGCAUCAGCAGCAGAUGAAAGGACCCGUGGGCCAGGUCUUACCCAGGCCACAAGCACCACGGCUUCAAAACCUGAUGGGGACUGUCCCUCAAGGAACACAGAACUGGCAGCAGCGAGGCUUACAAGGUAUACCCGGAAGGACUAGCAGUGAAAUGGGGCCCUUCAAUAAUGGCACAACGUACCCGAUGCAGUCUGGGCAGCCACGGCUGUCCAAGCAACACUUCCCACAGGGGCUCAAUCAGACAGUUGUGGACACGAGUGGAACAGUAAGAGCCCUCAACCCAGCGAUGGGAAGACAGUUGCUGCAACCACUACCGGGGCAACAAGGAGCCAGCCAGGCCAGGCCGAUGGUAAUGCCUGCAAUAAGCCAAGGGGUCCCCACAAUGUCCGGCUUUAGUCAGCCUCCAACGCAGCAAAUGCCAGGUGGUAACUUUGCUCAGAGCAGCCAAGGCCAGGCCUAUGAGAGGAAUCCCACUCAGGACAUUUCUUACAACUACAGUAAUGAAGGAGCGGGGGGGUCAUUCUCCAGUUUAGCAGAGGGCGCAGACCUUGUGGACUCCAUCAUUAAGAGCGGACCAGGGGAUGAGUGGAUACAAGAACUUGAUGAGUUGUUUGGAAACCCCCAGUGAAUGGGCUUGUAUAGUCUGGAGCUUUGGUUGUUAUGUUUGAAAAAAGAGAAGAGAGAGUUGGAUGUUCUCCCCAUCCUUGGAUUGUUGGGGUUUUGUUUGAAGUGGUUUGGUUUGGGGUUAUUUUGUUUUCUUUUGUUUUUAAUCGUGCAAACUGAGCUGAUCUGUAGCCAACUUUGGAAGAUUUAGGGGACGAUGAAAACAUCGGCAUCCCAAGACUUCCACCAAGCAAUCUCCGUUGUGUGGCAGCACCCGUUGUGUGUGGGGAGUGGGCAGGAUGGGGAAACUGGAAAAGCCGGGUGAUGCCUCUGGUUGGGAAAAUUUGGUCUUUCCCCACUGAAACAAGGCUUCAUUGCACAGUGGUAUGGGGUGGUCCCAAUAUCUCCUGCCUCAUGUAACUGUAAACACUGCAACUUUCAGGGGAACAGAUGAAAACAGCCGGGAGCAAAGCCUAAAGACGUCUGUGGGCGAUUGCACAGGCCAUGGUCAGAAAUGGGCUUAACUCCAGGGGUAAGCAGGUCUCGGUGAGCCACAGCCAGGCCCAUGGGGCCGGCUCUGGGCUGUCACAAGGGAACGUGCAGCGCACACGUGACAAACCUAAAGUCACAGGGAGGUCACCAUUUUCACUGCAGAGUGAUAAAAAUCCAAGAAAAGUGUAGGAGAACAUAAAUUUGGCAGUGUGGUGAGGACAGUUUGAUUAUGGGACUCCUGCCGGACAUGGCUUAGGUGGGUGGGGUAACUUAAGGAGCUAUUUAGUCCCCUUGGGACUUGCAGUAGUGCUUCUCUGUCAGAGCACUUUGGCAUGUGCUGCCUGGCAGUGCAGAACAGCAGCUAUGAAUGGUGUUGAAGGGCUGGGAGGUACCAAGUAGGUCCUAAGCAGGUCCCUCUCUCUCUCUCUCUCCUUCCUCCCCAGUAUGUUUUCAGUUCACUUCCUUCCCCUCCUAUCCUUCCGUGUAAAGUGAGCUGGCUGCACUUUUUUUCGGGUGACCAACAACUGCCACAAAGGUGCAGGCAGGGAAGGAGACAACAGGCAUGAGAAAAUGUACAGGGAAGGUUUGGCACGCAGAAUGAGUUUCUCCUCUCCUCUUGAAAAGUGCAAGGCUGGCAGAUAGUAUUACCCUGGAGUGUCUGGGUUCUCGAUGUGAUGUUAUAUGCAGCCUGAUCUUCAGUUUUAAACAGAUGUUUGGUCUAAUCUCUCUGGUUUGCUGGAACAGAAUUCACUGCAGUGUUUGAAGAACAAGAACCAGUGAAGGACUAGUAAAGAUCAUUCAUGAAUGGGUAAAAUAAUGGAUGCAGUUAUUACAAACAUGGGGUCUGCCCAAAUAAGCUUUUAGGUAGUAGUGACAUAUCACUAUCUCCACUGUGUGGACCAGUUCUAAGCCGCACUGUAAUGAAGUUGUGGUAUGUCUUGCAUAAUAUUGAGAUGCCAGCCAUUCUGAAUGUCUAAAGCAGUGGUUCCCAAGCUGCAGUCUGAGGCUGGGGUAAGCUGUCCUCCGAAACCUAUCACCUUUUUAGUGUUUUCAGCUGAGAGCUGCUUAUCAGGUUAUAUAGUGGCACAUAAAAAAAGUUAACAUGAUCCACAGUCCAAAAAGUUUGGGAACCUCUGGCCUAAUGCUGGCCUCUGUGAGCCAUAAGAUGUGCUCUGCAGUGAAAGUGUCUCUAGUGUACAACUACCAGUACCAACUAUCCAGCUACCGAUUAUCUCCUUGUGUGCUGCUCUCCUUGGGCCCGGCGAUACAAAGUGCUCGGCUGCUGAAAUCCACGGGAGCUGACGGGCUCAAGCCCUGCCUUUCCCUGUGGAGCACAGAUACGCAUCACAUUAAGGAGUGGGAACAAAAUGGGCCUGGAAGCAUCUCAGGGCGCCAUUACGGUUCCCUUUCAUGCAGUAAUCCCUUGCAGGGCUUACCUAGACAAGGGGAAGUAUCUGUUUUAAAUGCUAUAAUGUAGGCAGGACAAGCUGCAUUUUUAACAUGGACUAGCUGGUCAAGAUGAGCUAUUGAUCCAGCUUGCCCUGACUGCUAGAUUUUUAAAACAUGCUUUAGUUACAUGUCUUUUAGCUGUCCCCUUUUUAAAAUACAGCAGAAGGACCUAUUCCAGUUCCAGCUGAAGAUGAUAGGGGUUUGCCUGUCUGCUGCUUCAGCAGGAGCUGGACUGGGCCCUAAUUCAGUGAACGAGAGCACCAGCCAAAGUUUUCAGUCCAUCUUGCGGGUAAGCGGCUCUUGGUCGGACUAGCCUGAACGGAAGGGGUAGGCAAACAGUGAGAGAAAUGGUACCCUGAAGAUUCGAGGGCGUCUGCAUAUAUGUGUGUCUGCGUGAGCGUGAGGGUGAGGGAGCGACGAGCUGGUGUGGCACAUAUGUGUCCUGCCCCGUACGACAGAGGCACGCCAGGACGAGGAGGCAGCGAGCCCGCUGCUCGGGGGACGGCGCUGGGGACGGCACGGCAUCCCUUUGUCGGGUGCGAGUGACGGGGGGUCACCUGCCAGCACAGAGCUGGGAAAUGAGGGUUUAGAAACACACAACCACCACACUGCGGCCAAGUGCAAACCCAUGUGCGUCAGGGAGAUACAGGCUUUGGUGAAUACAUGGUGAUGAAGACUGAGUCUCUGUUGUCUUUGCAAAGCUUCCUCCAAAUACUCCGUACUGGGACCAAGUACUAGAGAGGUAGAUUUUAUUAGAUUUGGGGUUGUUUUUUUCUUUCUUACUAUGGUGCUGAUGUAUAUGUAAUGUUAAAAAAAAAAAAGUUAUUUGUAAAUAUGUUUUUACAAUUCUACAGAUAUCACUGGGUCUACUAUCUGUAAAAUAUAUACAUAUAAAUAUAUAUAUAUAUACUGUUUGUUUAAAAUAGAGUAUUUUUAUUUCAUUCCUUAACUCAUCCUUACUGCAGUGGUAUUGCACUUCAGAUGACGUCUAAUUACUAAUUUGUACUGUAUCCCUGACGGCAACUUGCUCCAUUUUAUUCAGAUUUUUCUAGUUUUCUGUUUUUACUUUGUACAUUAAGCAUUGCUUAUUUCCUUUUAAGACCUGUACAGAGCUCUGAAAAUGUAGAAGACCUGAUGUUAACAUACCACUUUUAAAGAAAAACAAAACAAAACAAAAACAAACAAACAAACAAAAAACAAAUAAAAGAUGGUUAUCUGAGUCAUAUA